AAAAAACGACUUGUAGAGUUAACAAUAGAUGUUACCCCUGACUUGCGUUCUAUUGAAAAUGCCGAUAUCAUUAUUACAACACUUGAAAAGUGGGAUGGUAUAAGUCGUAUACCUAUACUAGAGAUUUUUUUAUCACGAAUGAAUUACAUCAGUUCUCAAAACGAAAAUAAAGUUCACAUUGUUGGGUUAUUAACAGCUUUAGCAAAUGCUCAGGAUUUAGCAGACUGGUUGUGUAUUGAUGAAGGUGAACUGUUCAAUUUUAGUCAUUCAGUACGUCCUGUUCCAUUAGACAUUAAUAUCAAAGGAUUUUCUGAAAGACACUAUUGUCCUC